AUGAAGGGCCACCCGUUUCGAGCGGUGUACGUCUGGCUGAAGUACCUGUGCUUCAUAUGGACUGAGGAUGACUAUAUGUUUGAUGUUGUCAUUCCUGUUCCCGAUGCUCGUCAGAAGGGGCACCGGGCUUGUACAAGGACAAGGCAGCGGUCGAAGGCUGGCCAGACUGGCAUCAACAGUCUUGCACUGGAACCACGCGAUGUGAUGUUCUUGGGCUGGCACAGUUACGGCGUCCUAUGCCCAAAUUCUACGCAGCGUCAUUUCCGCACCCCACCCGCAUUGAAUACCCAGGCCCUCCUAUUCAACAGCCAUUUCAUCCUGAUGGCCAUCAAUGUCAUCUACUGGGUCUCCAUCCUCAGCGGUCACUACUUGCCGGACCGGUUCGGCCGCCGCCCGCUUCUGAUGUCCACGGCCCUGUACUGUGCUAUCACCCUGUUGAUCAUCUCCAUCAUCAACACGACCAUCAAACCCCCGAGCAGCGCCACCUCCAAGGCCGCCAUCGCUCUGGAACAUCAGAUUCGGAAUAAUGUCGCCGCUGAUCUGGAUCACUACCGCCGAAACUGCCCCAACUCGCAACCGUGA